AUGUAUGGCCAGGGCCACACCAUGUACGGCCAGGGCCACACCAUGUACGGCCAGGGCCACACCAUGUAUGGCCAGGGCCACACCAUGUACGGCCAGGGCCACACCAUGUACGGCCAGGGCCACACCAUGUACGGCCAGGGCCACACCAUGUACGGCCAGGGCCACACCAUGUACGGCCAGGGCCACACCAUGUACGGCCAGGGCCACACCAUGUACGGCCAGGGCCACACCAUGUACGGCCAGGGCCACACCAUGUACGGCCAGGGCCACACCAUGUACGGCCAGGGCCACACCAUGUACGGCCAGGGCCACACCAUGUAUGGCCAGGGCCACACCAUGUAUGGCCAGGGCCACACCAUGUAUGGCCAGGGCCACACCAUGAAUGGCCAGUGCCACACCCAUCAUGAAUGGCCAGUGCCACACCCUUCAUAA